AUGGGGCUGGAAGAACCUCAGAAUAAAUGCCAACAUGCCCUGUUGAUCCCCUGGGUCUUUGCUAUUAUUUCAACCUCAAUCAUCAGUGCUUGCUUUAUUACAAAUUGUGUGGUGACAUACCAGCACCUCUCACACUGUAAGCAAGGAACGGACAUGGUCAGGCUUCUCGACUACCAUGAGAAGGUAACCUGCAGCAGAGAAGAACCAGGUCUGAAUGGGGGUGUCUGGAAUUGCUGUCCCGUUGGCUGGAGAACCUUCCAAUCCAACUGUUAUGUUCCUCUUGCUGACAACCGGACCUGGGAGGAGAGCGAGAGGAACUGCUCUGGGAUGGGGGCUCAUCUGGCGACCCUCAGCACCGAAGCAGAGCUGAACUUUGUAACCAAAUUUUUGGAUAGACGAUUUCCUUACUUCUUGGGACUUACAGACCAGAACACUGAAGGUCAUUGGCAGUGGGUGGACAAGACACCAUUUAACCCACACAUGGCAUUUUGGCAUGAGGAUGAACCUAACAAUUUUCUGGGAGAAGACUGUGCUGUCCUUGUUAAUGUCCAAGAUCAGUGGGCAUGGAAUGAUUUUCCUUGUAACUUUGAGGCCAGUAGGAUUUGUAAGCUACCUGGAGCAACAUUCGACUAGGAACCUAUGAAGCAGUCCUUAUGA